UUACGUCAGUUCGAACCGAAGUUUUGUCACCGCUGGGCCAAGUUCUAGAACAUGGGUUCUUCGUUGUCCCGAACUCUGGAGCCUAUGAAGGUCGUCGAGCCUCCUGUGGCCGCUUCCCCCGCACCCCCAGAUGCACCCGAAGCGCCGACAUCCCCUGCACAAGAGCCCUUGUUUAAUAACUGCUUGAGUUGCCGGGUGCUCUCCGGGUCGGGGUUGAUAGGGGCCGGCCUUUAUGUCUACUGGGUGGCGCGGAAGCCCAUGAAGCUGGGAUACGCCCCGGGUCCAGGCACUAUUACCCAGAUGGUCAUCGGCAUCAGCAUUGCUUGUUGGGGUAUAGUUAUCUUGACAGACCCUAAAGGAAAGGCCUACCGGGUUGUUUGAAUGUACCAGCAGUGAACUUGUCAUCUCCUACUCCUGGACUCAUGACACAGGAAGCAUGGAACUUACGGUUGUUCUGAACAGACAUGUGGACCUGGAUUGUCUUCACUAUUGUGGAUACCACAAGACUGAGAAAACAAUGGUUGUCAUACUUUGGCUGUGAAUGUGACUUUCUCAUCAGGUUACAGAGGGAUCAAUAAAUCCCUCAGAGAAGAAAAUGGUUCUGUGUCUUAUCUGGGGAGGGAGGGUAUAAUUUAAUUCAUCACUUUCUGAGUGCGUCAUUGCUAAUCUGACUUUUUUAUUGAUAAGCGUUAAAUAAUCCAAGUGAUUUGCUCAGGGUUAUUCAGCAAAUCAGUGAUGGGGCUGGUAUUUGUUCUUGUCUGGUUUUCUUGUUCUAGUCUUUCAGAACUAGGAUGGUACCAGGAGUCAAGAAUUACCUUGAUGAAAUAAUCAUAAAUAUCAAUAUACAAUAAAAGACUUGAGUGCCAUAACAUUUAAGAAAAAUUCAAAACCUCCAGUAAAGAGAAAAUCCUUUAAUUCCUUUUCACAAGCAUUAGAAAUAUUUGCAAUGGAAUUGAGGUGUUUUUGAGGUAGGAACUCAAAAUUAGUUCAUUCCUAAGAGAAUGCUUUGCUUGCGCCCAUUAGAUUUUUUUUCUGUUUUGUUUUGUGUUAUUCGUCCCUGCCCCACCCCCAACCCCCAGUACUGUGGCUUCUUGGUAAAAGUAUGUAACUAUUUUUUUCAAAGCAGAAAGAUAUUCUCAAAUUCAGCUGCUACUCAUAGUGUAUAUGUUUGGAAUGAUCUGUUAAGCAAGUAGUACUUUUAAGACUUUUACUUAGCUUAAUGUAGAAGUACCUAAGUCUUAUUAAUAUUAAGCCUCAUGAUGACAUCAAGACUCAUAGUAUGUACAUCAUGAUCAUUGUAUGAGUGGUACUAUGUAUGUCUAAGCAAUUGAAAUGAAAGAAAUUUCCAACAACCUAAAGUAGGCAACACGGUAUUCUUUAUGUGAAAUAUAUAAUAUAUAAUAUACAGUUAUAAGAUGGUGAUGAAUAUAGAAAUUUUAAGUUGGAAAGGAUUUAGAAACCACCCAACACAGGUGAUACAUGGUCAUUCAUCCCCUAAAAUACCUAUAAAAGCAAGUUGCCCCUACUUUAGAAUGCUAGUCAUUCUAUUGAUGGACAGCUGUACUUAGAUUAAGCCAAAAACACAUAAGCCUAAUUCAGUGGUCUUGACUUGACCUACUGUAGAAAUAGCAUAAAUCUUAAAUCUUACAUGGGUAUAACUUGGAGAUUUGCAGUUUUGGGUCUAGAUCACUACAAUAAAGUGUGUCAGGUUUUUUGUUUCCCGGUGCAUAUAAAGUGUCUUUACACUACAUUGUAGUAAGUUCAAUGGUAAGCAUAACAGCAUGUCUGGAAAACAGUGUAUUGAAAAGGUCAUUGCUAAAAAAUGCUUAUGUUCUUCUGAGCCUUCUGCAAGUUGUAAUCUUUUUGCUUGUGUAGAAUCUUGCUUUAGUGUUAAUAGCUGCUGACUGAUCAUUGUGGUAAUUGCUAAAGGCAAUUUUCUUAAAAUAAGACUUGUCUUUAGUGUGCAGUGUUGUUUAGUAUCAUCUUAAGAGUAGAAAUUCUUCAGAAUUGGA